AUGUCGGAGCAGGGUUCCGAUAAGUUUUAUAUCCGACACAGGAGGGUCUUUGCGGUCCUUGCGCCAUUGUUAUCUUUGGGAUGCUUGUUCUUCUACCCCACAGCGUCUACGGAUGUUCGUCCGUUCAUUGUCUCCGGAGGCACCGGAGUCGGUAUGGAUGACGGAGAACGUAGCAACGAUCACGAGACCAUUUCACUUCGAGGGGUGGGCUUGCAAGGGAGAAGAGGCUUUGAUGAAGUCAUCGACCCAGCCCAAGCAGGUGGUCCAAGCCACCAGGUGAAGGCCAAACCUAUUGGUAUUUGCAUCCCAAUACACGAACAGAUGAACAUCGCGCUCUCAUCUGGAAGCAGAUCCUUAUUGGCCGCCGAAAGAACGAAUGAUGAGCCCUGCCUUUAUCAGCGUUGUCGGCAUGCAGUGAGCAGAGGAAUCAAACCCCAGGAGUCUUCGCCGAAAUGCCACCUUGGCAUCGUUGUGUUUGAGAAGGAGGCUUGGAAAGUCACCGGUUCUGCCACGGGGUGGCCGAGUUGCGUAAUGUCGGAUGAGGUCUCCGACAUUCCCCAACAAACGCCAAGCGUCAUUGUGUCUUAUCACACCUCCAAGACGGCUUCUUGCCAGCACGCCAUGGCUAGGCGAACCGCCGACAUGGAGAACGAGGUUGUCGGGGUUUGA